AUGCGGCUCACCGACAGAUUCCUCCAAGAGUCAAUCUCUGUGUCCUACCUCGGGGGCUAUAUCUUUCUUUCAUAUGUCGUGAGCAUGAUGGGAUGUACCACCACCCUGGAGCUGCUUCACCGGCGGACUUCCAGGGCGGGUUUGUACAAUUGGUAUCUUCUCCUUACCUCCUCACUCGUUAUGGGAGGCAUUGGCAUCUGGUGCAUGCACUUUAUUGGGAAUCGCGCCAUUGUCCUCGGAGACGGUAGCUCUCAAAUCCAGAUCGUCUAUAGCAUGACCUUUACUGGUGUCUCCUUCGUACUACCGGUUGUCGUUCUACUUGUUGCCUUCUACUCGAUCGGCGCCAGCGAGGAGACGAGCCAUAUUCGCAUAUCCAUGGGCGGCGUACUCGCCGGCGGCGCGGUUUGCGGGAUGCAUUACAUUGGUCAGCUGGGCAUCAGCAACUACCGAUGCUCCUAUAACGUUGCCAAUGUCGUCGGUGCCACCCUCAUUGCCAUUUUCGCUAGUACGACGGCACUGACAGUCUUCUUCCGGUGGAAAGCUACUUGGACGGACAGCUGGUGGAGACGAGGCAUCUGUGGCUGUUUCCUGGCCUGUGCCGUCUCUGGUAUGCACUGGACUGCUGCCGUAGGCACUACCUACUGGGAACAUGAUGCCACUAUUCAUCACAGCAGCCAGCUUUCCAGGAGCCAAACCGUUAUUAUCUGUGCUGUUCUGGCAUGCGCUGCUUGCGGGAUCUUAACCUGUUGCGCGGUAGUGGCUGGUGGUAGUCGGAGACGGCUGCAAACACAAGCUCGGCAGCUCGUCCUGAGUGGUGUCUUCUUCGACGCGGAAGGACGCAUCAUGGUCACGCCCCAUGCAAUGCUUCCUAAUCGCAAGAUUGUCGAUCGCUACCUUGGCAAGACCUUUAACGAUGAUGAUUUAACACGGUCUCACUCGGCUUUCCUCUGGGCCUUCCGAGCCAGCAGGAACUGGAAUGUUGUCAGGGAUGUGGUACCUUUCAUGAGAGCUCGGUUAGAGACGGACGAUUACUUCACCAAAGGAGACGGGCUGGACGAGGAGAACGAGCUCCAGACAGACUUCGACGAGCUUUUCAAGCGCCAUUUCUGCGUUGCCGCGCAAGAUCUAGCCGACGAGCUGCGCCAGCCAUUGCCGAGCCUCGGGAUGCUAUAUAAUGAUGUUUUGACCACAAGUGCCCCUGGCUCGUGCUUUGGGCGAGCCAUGGGCUAUGCUCGGCUCGGUGGGAGUAAGGGGCAGAUGAUGUUCACGGUUCGGCACUUGAGCAAACAGGAAGCCAAUCGCAUGGCCGCGGCCGGGUAUCGCUUCACCGCGAUUGAAAACGUUACCUCCGCGUUGUCCAGUCGCAUGCACAUUCCCGCACCAACCUUGGGGAUGCAUCUUCGAGAUAUGCGCGACUACGCCACAUCCGGCCACAGCUAUCUGCCCGGGGUCCAUCUGGUAUCAUUUGUCAUGCGGCCCACCAUCUACGACCACUUCGAGGUGCUCACAGCCAAGGGAACCGGCAAUCCUCUACCUUCGGCGACUUUAUCGAUCAAGCGACUCCAAUUUCAACAUCUCGAUCUCUUAUCCCACCUGGAAGGAUGGACUAUAUCGACCUGCAUGACCUGGCUUCGAUCGGCUGCGGCACAAGCAAACGAAGAGGCGGAUGAGUUUCGCGAGCAGCUCAUUCAUGCCAUGGCGACCCUCUCUACCACACUCCCGCCGGAUAUCAACCUUGUUGCGCGGUUCUCAGCUCGACCGCUGAUUGCACCCUGCCGUACGCCUAACACCAUGGACGCCACCAGCUGUACACUUCUCUCGUUCUGCGUCGUCGGCAACUUGGACACUCAGGUCUCGAAUCCGAACUACACCUUCGCGCCUUUGCGCCUGUUCCGCGUCCAGCAGCAACUGAACGAGGCCCCUGGUGGCGGAGAGGGCUUUGCCAAGGAACUCGGCAAAGAGCUGUACUAUUCCGACGCGCGCACCAGCUCGGCGACGGACUCCGAACUCACGGCCUCUCCUAUUAAAUCAUCCGUCUUCAAGUUCUGGCCAAUGCGCAAGCCAUCGACCCCGGUGGUGCAGCAACGGUCGCCGGACAGCUGGUCGGAUAUCUCGCCUUUGGGCGAUAUCAUGGUUCGCAAGGAGGUCAAGGUCGAUGUGGCCAAGCUUUCGGAACAGACGCUCAACACGGCGCGACAUGCCUCUCGGACGACAGUGGUAGCUGGAGAUAUGGCGUACAGCACAUAUGUGGAUGAAUUGUACAAUCUGUGCUAUUCGUCGGGAAUUCGACUGCGGCCGGAUGCAGAUCUCCAGGUUGUAAUGACUGGAUGA